UGAAAUUCACACACAAAGAAAAAAAGAAAAACAAUGCCAACCAAACUUGGAAGAAACUAUUUGAACCUUUGUUUUACAAAGAUCAAAAACCCUCUCUCCGCCACUCAAUCCUCUCCCCCCAUCACCCACACCCCAGAUCGCCGCCGUCAAACCACCCGUUCCUUCUCCUCCACCGCUGCCGCCUUCAUCACAAACUACAACUCCCUCUACGAGAUCACCACCACCACAAACUCCGACUCCAAUUCCCCCCUUUUCGGCCUCGCCAAUGACAUUGGUGUCGCCGAUCCCGACGCCUACGUUGCCGUCGAUUUCAUUACCGCCUUCACCUCCCAUCGUUUCUUCUUCUCCUCUCCUGGCAGCUCCAACUCCAUCAUAGAAUCCACCACUCCCACUACUACCGAAUCCACGACGACCAUGUCAUUGUCGUCCGAGUACUCCGCCAGGUACGAAGGCAACGACGACGAGUUGAUGAUCUUCAACAAUAGCCAUGUGAUCCCCACGUACUCACCGGACCCUUACAUGGACUUCCGACGGUCAAUGCAAGAGAUGGUGGAGGCGCGUGAGAAAAUGACGACGGCAGCAACGACAACAACGAUGAAAAAGUCAAGUUGGGAAUUCUUGCAUGAACUUCUUUUAUGCUAUCUUGCACUCAACCCUAAAGCCACUCAUAAACAUAUCCUUAAGGCUUUCGCCGACGUUGCCACGGUAAUAAAACCGCCAUUGGCGAUGAAGGAGACGGAGGAAGAGGGGAAUAAUGUGGAUCGGGAAUCUGAGUCAAUGGUGGACGACGGGGGGGCCGGGCGGUGGCUGUGAGAUCUCCGGCUAACAAAAUGAUAGAGAUUGAUGCAUAUAUAAUAAUUAUUAAUUAUUAAAUGUGGGGUUCCAUUAAAAUAUUGAUUAGAUUAAUCAUAAAGUUUUUGAUAUGAUGAUUUUGAGUUUAUGAAUAUGAAUAUGAAUAUAUAUAUAUAUAUAUAUAAUAUAAGUGUGUAGAGGGGAGGGAAGAAGAAGAGGUGGGUCCCACAUGACUUUGGUUUUUGUCACCUUAAUUAAUUAUUAGAUCAAAACCAUUAUCUUUUUUACUUUUUUGUUUCCU